AUGGCCGGCCUGGAUAGCGUCGGGCAGCAUCCGCUGUCCCUCAAAGUAAUGCGCGUCUCGCGUCCCUCUUUAGCAUCCCACUGGCAACCAUUCUUCUCCAGUUCCCCUUCCUUCUCUGCUCAUUCAACAGCCCACCCGCUCUCACUCCAAGGCGCCGAACCACUCCCCGGACACCCAAAGACUCUGCGAGACUUGACCCACGCAAGUAACUUACUUACUCUUCCUGCUGCGUUUGGUGCGAUUCAAUUAGGGGAGACGUUUGCCUGUGUGUUGAGUGUGAACAAUGAGGUGGGACUACCCGUGGAUAGUGUUAGGGCGAGAGUGGAGAUGCAGACGGCGACGAGUAAGGUAUUGCUUGCGGAGGUUAAUGCUGGAGAUUCGGAUAGGGAUGUGAAAAUGGAGGAGACGAGUGGAUCGGGGACGGGAACGUUGGGUACCGGGGACUCACUGGAGCUGUGUGUAGCUACGGAGAUUAAGGAGCUUGGACAGCAUGUUUUGGCGUGUACUGUAACUUAUCGUACGCCGCCUGGGAUGAGACCCGCUACCAGUGGAGCGUAUAAUGCGGAGGAUCCGUUUAUGCAAACGUUUCGCAAGUUCUAUAAGUUCAUGGUCACAAAUCCGUUGUCGGUGAAAUCGAAAGUACACGUCCCGAAGAGCCCCACCGCUCUCUUGUCCCGGAGCGAACGAGAUAAGGUGUUCUUGGAGGUACACAUACAGAACCUCACUCAAGCUCCGAUGUGGUUUGAGAAGAUCCGUUUAGAGGCUGUAGAAGGUUGGGACGUUGUUGAUGCGAACGCUAUUUCUCCUCCUUUCGACCUAUCUUCCACUGCGGAUGCAGAAAACGAAAAGAGCAUAUUUUCUGGAAGUAUGGCGCUUAUGCCUCCUCACGAUAUGCGUCAGUAUGUCUACAUUUUGACUCCGAAGUUUACUCCGAGGAAUACGAGCGUUCCUGCACCGCCCGUUCCUGGGACUGUGAUUCCGCUCGGUCGUCUAGAUAUUUCGUGGAGAUCUUCUAUGGGGGAGCCUGGAAGGCUGUUAACAUCAAUACUUUCGCGCCGUAUUCCAUUACCUGCCCCUCCUUCAUCAGGUGCUGCACCAGCAUCUACUCUUCCACCGUACCUGCAGAAAGCUGUCAUGCCUCACUCCCCUCGACCACGUUCUCCCUCCCUUCAACAACAAGCGCAGCAACAACAACAACGAACAGGGACGCCGCCUCCUCUUCAACGACCUGGUUCUCCUAUGAAACGUUCAACUACACCCGGUGCGCCUGCGAGACCGCAGUCCCCGAGCACGGCCGUUCCGCCUGUUCCUUCGUUACCCAGUCAGCCCUCGCAACAGGCUGACAUUGCAGUGGAUCUUGUGUUACUUGAGCGGCCGGAGGAUGCUACGGUCCGUGUUGAGGAACCAUUUUCCUUGCGGUUCUCGUUAGCUAUUUCGGCUUUGCAGCCGUUGAGCACCCCCAGUCUCCUAGGAGAGGAGUCAUCAGCACGAAAACAGCGUGUUAUAACUCUCGCGGUGCAACAUACCUUUCCGGCUCCGCCACCUGUUCCUGAGCAAACUAAUGCUGUAGUACCUACACCAGGGAUGCUGCGUACAUUGAAGAAACGUAAUAGCACAACUUUAUCGUUCGAUACUGUUGGUUCGGGGAUGCAUUCUCCCUCAAGUCAUGCAGGGUCAAUAGACGUGUUAACUCCUCGACGAGUCGUCUCGCCUCCUCCGGGGUCGGCAGUUUCGACGAAUGCACCCGUGCCAAUAGCAGCAGGAGGGGAAAGGGAAAGUAGUAUGGUGACCUCCCCAACGGCUACAGCAGCUCGAGGAGUGGGGUCGGUGACUGUAGGAGGCUUAACAGAACGCUUAAGACGAGUUGCGUUGAGUGAGGCUCUUGGAUUAGGGUUACAGGACGCAGAUGACAGAGGGGAUGCGUUUGGAGAUACGGAUGAGUUGGGUGGAACGAUGGAUGUGAAGUUGCCUUCACCUUAUUCGACUUCUUUGAAGUCGGAUAAUAACCAUGCGACGACGAAGAGUGGUCGGGUACAAUUCUCGGGGACGUCUGUGGUAUUUUUACCACCGAUUUCGUUAUUACCGCCACCCUCUCCUUCGAUUGACCUACAGUCCUCUUCUUCGACGAUCUCACCUUAUUCACCUUCUUCGUCAAAUCUUACUAUCAGACCAGAGCGAGGGGAAGGAAGUGUGGAGUUCGUGCUUUCGUACAUACCCCGUGUACGCGGGUUCGCCCAGGUUGGUGGUUUACGGGUGUUACUUAUCAAAGACGAGGAGAAGGCUGGGGAGGAAGAUGGUGAAGAUGAGGUGACGUUACAUACACAGGGAGAGGUGGUGGCGAACGAAGCGCAGAUCUUGAGGGAGUGGGAUACCGUUGCGGAGGUGUGGUGCCUUGGUGUCAAAAUGACGACUGCAUCUACAUAG